GGCCUGAGCGCGUUUUACGACAGUCGGCGGUCGAGCCCGGUGCCACCGCAGUCUUGCUUUCCGGCGGGUCCGCGGAGCUCGCGGCUACCGCCGCCAUCCUCCCUGGCUCUUGAGUGCGCUCCCAGUUUCUUGGUUCCGGGACGGCUAGUGGGUGACGCGAGAGCGAGGCAGGGGCCAGGCCCGGUUCAGGCCCGACCCGCGAGGUGACCUUGGUCGAGUGCCCUGUCGCGCCGAGCUGCGGCGCCCGUCCGUGGGCCUGUUAGUGACCCGGCUCCCGAGCGGUUGAGGACGUAGACCUAGAGCGGCCCCUAUAGGCUUGCCCCAGGGCAAGGGGAGCGCCGGGCCGCUGGGGGCUGUGGCGGAAGCUGGGUCGCGGGGGGAGAUGCCCCUCCACGUGAAAUGGCCGUUCCCCGCAGUGCCGCCGCUCACCUGGACCCUGGCCAGCAGCGUCGUCAUGGGCCUGGUGGGCACCUACAGCUGCUUCUGGACCAAGUGCAUGAACCACCUCACCGUCCACAACAAGGAGGUGCUGUAUGAUCUCAUCGAGAACCGAGGCCCAGCCACACCCCUCAUCACGGUCUCCAAUCACCAAUCGUGCAUGGAUGAUCCUCAUCUCUGGGGUACAAGGUCAGUUGGGGCAUGCAGCCUUCUCUCCUCCAGGGAUCCUGAAACUCCGUCAUAUCUGGAACCUGAAGUUGAUGCGUUGGACCCCCACAGCUGCAGACAUCUGCUUCACCAAGGAGCUGCACUCACACUUCUUCAGCUUGGGCAAGUGUGUGCCUGUGUGCCGAGAAAAUUUCCUCCCCACCUCCUGCUAGGACAUGAAGUGUCAAAGUGGUCUUGCACAAGUCAUGCAAGGCAAGCAAGAUCUUACUUCCCUGACCAGGAAUGCACCCACACCCCCUGCAGUGGAGGUGUGGAGUCUCAGCCACUGGGCCACCAGGGAAGCCCCAAUCUCCCCCUUUGUGUUGUGGCUCUCUACUCCUCACUUGGAGACGGCGUCUACCAGAAGGGAAUGGAUUUCAUUUUGGAGAAGCUCAACCACGGGGACUGGGUGCACAUCUUCCCAGAAGGGAAAGUGAACAUGAGCUCCGAGUUCCUCCGCUUCAAGUGGGGAAUAGGUCGCCUGAUCGCUGAAUGUCAUCUCAAUCCAAUCAUCCUGCCCCUGUGGCAUGUCGGAAUGAACGACGUCCUUCCUAACAGCCCACCCUACUUCCCCCGCUUUGGGCAGAAAAUCACUGUGCUGAUCGGCAAGCCCUUCAGUGCCCGGCCUGUGCUCGAACGGCUGCGGGCAGAGAACAAGUCAGCGGUGGAGAUGCGCAAAGCCCUGACGGACUUCAUUCAAGAGGAAUUCCAGCGCCUGAAGAGCCAGGCAGAGCAGCUCCACAACCACCUGCAAGCCAGAUAGGUGCCAUCCCGCCUAGACCUGGGUCCAGCUGCAUUUUGGACUGGGGGGAGGGGCGGCUAGGCCUGGGCCAGACACAGCUCUGGGACCCCUCCCAGCUCUCUCAGUGCUGCCUUUGGGUGCUGGGCUGGGGGAUGGACUGAUGCUCGGAGCUCAGAUAUGGUCCUUUUGACAGAUUGGUGCAUAACCCUUCCAGGAUUCCCCCUCUGAGUGGGUGAGCAUCCCAGCGCCUCUGGUUCUGCCACUGAAAGAAGUCUCUCAGCUGUUCCUGGCACUUGGCCACACAGGGAGGAAAGACCUUUAGGCAGGGGGCUCCCUGCUCUCUUGCCUAUAAGCCGUUUGCUCCCAGAGCUGGAGACUGGAAGGAGGAGCCCUGAUCUUACUGCUUCCUCAGGGAUAGCCAUCAGCCAUGUCUUCCUUCUGCCUGUGCUCCCUGCAGGCAUGGGAGCCUCAGGCAGGGCCCCGCCCUGGGCUGCAGGUGGAAGAGCUGCCCUUUUCUAUAAGGGGAGCCCGUCCAACGGGGCCUGAGACCUGGCGCCUCGCUGGGGCCCACUGUUCUUUCCGCCUCCCUGGCAUCACUUGAAUCCCCUGGUUGUUUUAUAAACUAUUAAUAAAGGAUUUGUGUUGUGCUCUUUUA